UGCUGAUGGGUGUCCCACCAUCAGCAAAGGGCCAGAGCAUCCAGUUUGAGCUGACCACGGAGGCAGCCUGCCCAGGGUUCUUGUGUGUCUCUACAGCGACAUCAUGGAGGCCUCUCAGGGGUGGCUGGUGGCCUGUAUGCUGGCCAUGACCCUGGUAGCUACACAGACUGAGGAUGUCUGCCGAGCACCCAAUGGGAAGGAUGGAGUUCCAGGAAAUCCUGGCCGCCCAGGGAGGCCAGGUCUCAAAGGAGAGAGAGGGGAACCAGGAGCUGCUGGCGGCCGGACUGGUAUCCGAGGCCCUAAAGGAGAUCCUGGGGAAUCUGGGCCCCCUGGCAAACCUGGCAAUAUGGGGUUCCCAGGGCCCAAUGGGCCCCUGGGGAGCAGCGGCCCCCCAGGGCCAAAGGGUAUCAAAGGCAAUCCAGGCAAUAUCAGGGACCAGCCCAGGCCAGCUUUCUCGGCCAUUCGGCAGAACCCACCGACAGUUGGCAAUGUGGUUAUCUUCGACAAGGUCAUCACCAACGAGGAGGGCCCAUACCAGAACAACACGGGCCGCUUCAUCUGUGCGGUGCCCGGUUACUAUUACUUCACCUUCCAAGUGAUCUCCAAGUGGGACAUUUGUCUGUCUAUCAAAUCCUCCUCCCGGGGCCAACCCAGGAGUUCCCUGGGUUUCUGUGAUGCCAACAGCAAGGGCCUCUUCCAGGUGGUCUCAGGGGGCACUGUGCUCCAGCUGCAACGAGGGGACCAAGUAUGGAUCGAGAAGGACCCUGCAAAGGGUCGCAUUUACCAAGGUACUGAAGUCGACAGCAUCUUCAGCGGAUUUCUCAUUUUCCCCUCUGCCUGAGCUGGGGAGCCACCCCAUGCUGGGCCAUCUCCAUUCCCUGAGGUGGGGCCUUGCCCUGCAGCCCUUCUCUCUGCAAAGUGAAGGAGCCAGAUAGAGCUGGGGCUUUAGCAGCCUGGGGGGGGGGCGGGGGGGGGGGGGGGAGAGGGGCUGGCAUGGAGGGCCCUGAGGACUGGUGCCUCUCUGCACACAGCCCAGGGGUUUCUUCAAGCACUUUCUGGAAUAAAUGACCCCAUCUGUGUCUGUG